AUGGGAGGCACCGGGAAACACCAAAGCAAGCUCUCACCUCCAACACUAGAGGUGAAAACAAAGCAAGUUAGGCUUUCCUCCGUGUUCCCACUCCCACUGCUCUUAUGCCCUCUUCUCUUCCACUUCCCGGCUUGCCUUCAAACUCUCAAGUUAUCUAAAUAUGUGGACACAUGUCUACCGUUUCUCCAUCAAAGCUACUAUGCAAUCCAAAAGGAAGAGGAAGGAGUGCACAACAACGGUAGGAAUGGGAGGCAUCAGGAAAGGACCCAUGCCUAA